CAACAAUUAAUCUGCGUUGAGGAGGGGGAGGGACCUCUGCCGCGGAUUCAGGCUGUCUUGACCCACUUGUCCUCCUCUUCUCACCAUCCAGAGACCAUGGAAGAGAGCAAGAAAACGUCUUCGUCGCCGCGCGACACCCUCGUCGAAGACAAGGAGGCCAACGGCGUGGUCGAGCUGGACCACCGUGUGUCGCCUUCGAAGGACGGAAAAGUCAACGAUCCAUACCUGGUCACGUUUGAGCCACACGAUGCCGAGAAUCCGCGCAACUGGAGCAAGGCGAAGAAGUGGUAUCUGACCAUAUUCUGCAGCUACCUCAAUGUCCUCGUCGCUUCGCAGGCCAGCGCCUACUCGACGGGUCAGGAGCAGCUCGAGAAGGAAUUCAACAUGAGCUCAGAGGCGGCCACAGUCGGCCUCAGUCUCUAUGUCCUGGGCUUUGCCCUGUUUCCCAUGGUCGUCGCACCGCUUUCUGAGGCAUUCGGGAGGAGGAUCAUCUAUGUUGUCUGCUGGGCAUUCUGGGUCAUUCUCCAGUUCGGCGUCGCGUUUGCGCCCAACAAGGGUUGCCUCUUUGCCUUUCGUUUCCUGACUGGCUGCUUUAGCUCACCUCCGCUGGCCAACACGGGCGGCGUCAUUUCGGAUCUUUGGGGUCGAGAUGAGAGCGGACCUGCGAUGGCAAUCUACGUGUUUGGCUCGACCAUUGGCCCUCAGUUGGGCAACGUCUACGGCGGCUUCAUUGCCCAGCAGCUCGGCUGGCGCUGGGUGUUCUACCUGACAAGUAUCCUCAUCAUGGGUGUCCACUGGUUUGUCAUCGUGCUCACCCUCACCGAGACGCGCCACAACAUCAUCCUCGCGAAAAGGGCCGCGCGACUGAGGAAGCAGACGGGCGAUGAUCGUUACGUGUCUGUUCGACAGGACGAGAAGAAGACGGUGCCGCAGAUGCUGCGAGUCUCUCUCUCUCGGCCCUUCGUCUUCCUGUUCACCGAGCCCAUCACACAGUUCGCCGCCGUCUGGAACGGCCUGCUCUACGGUCUAAUCUUCCUCUUUAACACCGCUAUGGUCAUGGUCUUUGGUCCUGACAAUGGCGGUUACGCUUGGAAGCAUCCGGGAGUGGUCCAGUUGACUUUCCUUGCCUUUAUCGUCGGCGAAGCCAUCGGCCUUUGCUUGUUCCCCUUCACCCAGGAGCGGUACUACCAGCGCAAGGUCAAACGGGCAGGGGCCUCUGUGCCAGAAGCUCGAAUGGCUUCGGGCACCAUCGGGUGCUGCCUGCUCCCCAUCGGCCUCUUCCUCUUCGCCUGGACCUGCUACCCCUCGAUCUACUGGCUCGUGCCCUUGAUCGGAGCCGUCAUCUUCGGAAUCGGCUUCUUCCAAGUCUUGUAUGGCAUCAUGAGCUGGACUGUCGACAGCUACCGAGAAUACUCUGCUUCAGCCCUGGGCGCUGUUGUGUUGAUCAGGAACAUCUUCGGGGCCGUGUUUCCCCUUGUCGCUGGUCCGAUGUACACGAAUCUGGGAAACCACUGGGCCUCGUCCCUGAUUGCGUUCCUCGGCCUACCUCUUAUUCCCGUCUCCUGGUUCUUCUUCUACAAGGGUGCUGUCAUUCGCAAGAAGUCGCCUUGGGCCGCUGAGCACUUUGACGACGACGAGGAUGCACCUCAUUGAUCUUAGCCCGUCUACUGCUCUGCAACAAGUCCUGCUUCAUGUGCUCGCUCAUCCCUGUACUCUUUGCAUUCACCGACACCGUAGAAGCUAAAUCGAAAAGUCAGUCCGCACAAAUUUAUUGAGA